GUCUCAAAAGAGCCUCAAAAAGAUUUCCAAAACCAUCAGUGUGCAUAAUUUACAAGCGCAGGAAUCUGAGUCUUCCAGCUACUUAUACCAAGGUGAAAUUUUACAAACCAUAGAUGACAGAGAAUCAGAAAAAUUGGGGUAUUUCACUGAUGAUUCUGCACCUAAGCAAGACACAGACAGCUACAGCAUCUCUCUUACAGACAUAUUUCAGUACCUCUUUGGAGGCAAACGAUCAGUUCCCCAUCAGUCUGCUACAGAUAACAUGACAACCUAUUGCACAGCUGGAAAUUCUGUCCCUGAAGCAUAUGAUGAGUUCUUCUCAGACUUUGAUACAGAAAGUUUCUUCUACCCUCUCAUAAAGGCAGAAGAGAAGAACAAAGACAAGCCAGUUCCCAUCUUUUCCUACUCUCGCUCAACUGGAAAGAAUCUACAAUUCCCUGAGGCCUACGAAUAUUUCUUUGCAUCCUCCUCAUCUGAUGAUUCUUCUGUGGAUUCUGAUGAAGAAGACAAAUGUUGUCCAGUGAGGGUGGUGAGCAGGUUCAGCCGUAAGGCAAGCUCAACUAAGCUUUCCACAGAUGUAUACGAGGACUUCUGUACAGAAAAAGACUUUAAAGAGAACGUCUUCUGUCUGAAGUCUCUUUCCUUCAGGAACAUUAAAUUUACAGCACCUGUAACCCAGAACCAGAACUCCAUGUCUCUUGUACCUGUGAGACAAAGUAGCAGAUCUAACUUGAGGGCUGGUACUACCCUCAAUAUGCUGGGAAACCAAGAUAUGAUGCUUCCUGAUCCACUGCUCUACUACUUGGAGGACAGGAUCUCCAGACAACUCACACAGCAGCCUUUCAGAUAUGAGGACUUGCAGGCCACUGUUUCAAAUCCAGGGUUGGAUGCCCCCCUUUUGCCCUUCAAACAGUCAGAUAUGUGUCUGGUUUGUAUUGCAUUUGCUUCGUGGGUGCUGAAGACUGCAAACCCACAAGUUGGAGAUGCCUGGAAGGCUGUUCUGCUGGCGAAUGUAAGUGCUCUUUCAGCCAUCCGAUACCUGCGUAAAUACGUCAAAGUGCAAGCUGUGGCCAGUGAGAUGAAAUUGCGUCACCCUGCAUUAACGUAUCCUUGAAACGUCAUAACUGAAAUGAUUAAUUUUCUAUACAAGAGAUCAGUCCUUUAAGGAAACUUAGAUUUGUUUUUACAUGUUUGCACCCUACUUAAUAGAUCUCUCAAGAGAACAGAAAUGUUUAAAUUGAAAUGAUUGAGAUAAAGUUCUUGCCAAACUAUUUUUCAGUGACUUUUUCUCCCAUUUAACGUUGUGAAAGCAUUCGUGUGAAGUUUAAAAUGACCAAAGGCAGGAUGAGGCAAGUACGUUUGUUUAAGAAAUGACUUUAGACAAUUGUAAAUAAUGUGUGUAAGUGUGUUCUGAAAGGAGACUAGAGGCAGGUUUACUCAGAAAUGUACAGACUUGAGAUGACAAAUGAGCAUUUGAUACAUGGAUUUUGGAGGUACUUGGGGAAUUCAGUGCUUUUGAGCCUAUUUGUUGUCAUGACCUCUAUGCAGCAAACGUAUUUAUCCAAAGAUUGUAAAUGUUCUCAUAACUAAUUAUUAUGUUACGGAUUUAUUUGGCUGACAUGAUUUAUUGUUAAAUUGCAAUGUAAAGGUACUCUUUUACAAAAGUCAUACUUAGGACGAUGUUCUGUACCAGUAACAGUUAUAGUCAUGAUAGACCAUUUGUAAAUUAAUGCAAUUAUCUUGUCUU